CACCGCAUAGUCUCCAGGACACCGGAGGACGCUAUAACUUCGCCGUAGCUCCAGUGACAGGAAGAUCGAUUUGACUAAAGGAACUAGCACCAAGAAGACAAAAUGACGCUCUACGUUUUCCUUGCCCUUUGUGCAGUAGCCUUCGCACGCUAUGCUAAUGGUCAGGACGAUGGCUACUCUGAUGCCUUCACUAGUUUACAGGACAAAUCUUCCACGCUUGGUAAUGCCGUAGGUGAACCAGGUAUGAGCCUACGUGACAUACUAGGAUUGGUAGAAGGUAGUCCAUUAAUGGCGGAAAUGGCAGCUGCAAAUAUGGCACAAGAUGGUUCCGAUGACGGUAUAGAAAGUCUACUGGCAGAAAUAGCGGAAAUGGAAAGAUUAAAUCCUAGUAUUGCCAAUAGCCAGGAGAUUAAUGCAGACAUGGAUGGCGAUAUUGCGGCCCUAGAAGCACAGCUAGCAGAACUGAACGGUGGGGCCAGUAACGAAGCAGAUACUGCCAGUAUUGAAGCUAUGGAACCCGAAUUUCAAAAUCUGGAAAAUUUGCGAGGUGAUGACGAUGGAGAGACAAACAGUAUGGAGCAAAGUGAACAAGGAUCAAGCCAAGUAAUACCAACUAUUCAGGAUACAGAUAUUGCAAACAGUGCCUCUGAGGACAUGGAUGGCGAUAUUGUGGCACUAGAAGCACAACUAGCAGGGCUGAGCGGUGAGGACAGUAACGAAACAGAUGACGAUGAAGAGACAAGCAGUAUGCAGGGUGGAGGUAUGGGGGGAACCAUUCCCUCUGAGGAUGCUGAUGAUUUCCAACAAAUGCAACAGGAAUUAGAACAACUCAUGCAACAACAGACCAACGGUGAAGACAAUGACAUGCAGUCGACGGAGGAUUCAGAUGAGGAUAUGCAACAAAUGGAACAGGAAUUACAACAACUAAUGAAACAACAGACCAACGGUGAAGACAAUGACAUGCAGUCGACGGAGGAUUCAGAUGAGGAUAUGCAACAAAUGCAACAGGAAUUAGAACAACUAAUGAAACAACAGACCAACGGUGAAGACAAUGACAUGCAGUCGACGGAGGAUUCAGAUGAGGAUAUGCAACAAAUGGAACAGGAAUUACAACAACUAAUGAAACAACAGACCAACGGUGAAGACAAUGACAUGCAGUCGACGGAGGAUUCAGAUGAGGAUAUGCAACAAAUGGAACAGGAAUUACAACAACUAAUGAAACAACAGACCAGCGGUGAAGUCGGUGACAUGCAGUCGACGGAGGAUUCAGAUGAGGAUAUGCAACAAAUGGAACAGGAAUUACAACAACUAAUGAAACAACAGACCAGCGGUGAAGUCGGUGACAUGCAGUCGACGGAGGAUUCAGAUGAGGAGAUGCAACAAAUGCAACAGGAAUUAGAACAACUCAUGAAACAACAGACCAGCGGUGAAGUCGGUGACAUGCAGUCGACGGAGGAUUCAGAUGAUGGUAUGCAACAAAUGCAACAGGAAUCCAACCAACAAACUAGCGCUGAAGACAACGACAUGCAACCGAGUACUGCUAAUGAAGAUAUUAACAGUAUUGAACAAAUGGAACAAGAAUUAGCACUCAUGGAAGCGGGCUUGGAUUCAAGCUCUGAAACUGACCGUAAUGGCGAAUCGAAUAUUGGUGCUGAUGGCGAUGAUGAUGUUGGUGAUGAUGAUCUUGAUGCCAGUUCUAGUUUAAGUACUGGGAACGAUUUAGCUCUUAUUGAGCAGUUGAUAGGAGGAGUGACAAGAACUAGAUCUUCAAAUAACGGCGCUGACUAUGAAAACUUUUUACAAGCAUUAGGGAAAAUUGAGGGUAGCCAGAGCAAAACGGCACAUUCUAAAGGCUUGCUUUUACAAACCCAACAAGCACAAACCCAACAGGCACAAACCCAACAAGCACAAACCCAACAAGCUCAAAUCCAGAACGCACAACAAUUGAGUGCAAACACUGCUGCAAGCCAAAAAGACAGUUACAGCGGCGCUGCGUCAAACACCAUUCAAACGCAGCAUUUGACGGCAGGCUCUUCAACGAAUCAGAAAAACACUUAUAGUAACAAUGCGCAAGCACAGGACCAAGGGACACAACACAUGGCAUCAAGCAGUUCUUCACAAAGCAUUACAGCUCACGGUGCCUCAGACCAUCUACUAAAUCAACUCUUGCAAAACUUAGAAAUGUCAAAGAUUGCGAUCUAAAGUAUGACCUGCCUUCCUGAACAGCUGUGCGACGACGUGACGUCAUCUUAUCACAAUUCUAAAUGAACUUACUUCCAACCUAUGUUUCGUACGUGGUGAAAAACUCUUUUCGCUGUCAUAAUUAUAUUAAAGAUAAUUAAGCAACAGACCCAACGUAGGUCUAGACUUUUAACGACUGUUAUGUUCUAAAACCAUGACAACGAAAGAUAAAUGCAUGGUAAUUUGUCGACAAGCAUUAUAAUGAUCAUUGUAGAACUCCAUUUCAAUCCUAACAUCUAUAUAUUAACUAUAAAUAAAAUGUACAAUGUGUAACAGUCCAGCUAUUGUUCAAAGUGUGCAUCAUCACGUGGCAUCUGGAUCACAUUACUAACGUCGUAACGUGAUCAUAAUCAGCCAUUGUUGUCUCGGAGAUUUACGUCGAAGUUUGGCAGGUUAUGACGUAAAUCAAUUUCUCGUUAUGAUAUGUACGUCCUGGGGUUGUGUAAAAUAUCAGCGGAGAUGGCACAUUGAAAUUGUUAUCAACAAAAGAAAAUAUUUUGUCAGUCGUGACAUCAAAACGAUGGAAAUUGGGUAAGAUAUGGAGAAAGGAGAAUAUUACCGGGUGAUCCUUGGAGCAGAAGUAAUAAAGUGAGUGUUAGUAAAGGAUAA